AGAGAGGGUGAAUGAAAUAGGAUAGCUUUCGACCUCAUUUCCUCGUGCUUUGUCUUUUCUUCUGCUGCAAAAGAAUAGGAUAUAUAGAGAUGGAUGGGGUUGAUGGACAAAGAAAAGGACAGGUGAUUUUAAUGGCUUUUUUGAGCUUUUGAGCUUUGUUUAUUCUUUGCGAAUAGAAGCAGUUACUGUUGCUGUUGGUAUCGGGUUGUUGAUAUAUAGAAUAGAAUAAGAGAAAGGGAGAGAGAGAGAGAGGGAGAGGAAAAGAAAGGGAAAAGGAGAGAUUGAGUUAAUGGGGUUUCCAGAAUCUGGAUACCAGUCAAAGAUAUUGGUCCAGUUGCUUUGGGUUCUUGCAUAAAAAAUAUAAACCAAGGGGGAAUACUGCAAGAUUUCUUUUCUUGUAACACUUGGAAUGGAUUUUUGGAUUCAAUAUACAGAAGGGUGAAAAGAGCUGCAAACAUCAAAGAGAAAAGAGUCAUUGAAGAUUUGAUUUUGACGGUUUGUUUGGGUUUAUGAUAACUGGUAUUGGUUGUUGAAUAAGAGCUUUAUCGAUAGGGAAAACAUUUGAUGGGUAAGAAGCCUCAAAAGACCAAGGAACUUUCGGUAGCAAUCGCUGAGGCUUCAACGGGAGGAGGAGGAGAAGAGGUCCAGCAACAAACACAGCCUCAGGCUCAACCUCGUAGAAAGAGAGGUAGACCUCGAAAACAUGUUGAGAAAAGUGAAACUGAAACUGAAACUGAAGAGAGAAAAGAAGAGGAAGCAGCGGAAGUUAGUGAGAACCAAUCAAAGAAAGUAAAAGUUUCAGUGGAAGAACAACAACAGAAAGAAGAAGAAGAAGAAGAAGAAGAAGAAGAAGAAGAAGAAGAAGAAGAAGGGCAACAUGAGGAAAAGCCAGAAGCAAAGGCAGAGGCAUCAUCAACUCCUGUGGGACAAUCCAUGACGAGUGAGCCUCCAAGAAGGAGAUCAAGAAGAAAAAGCCAACCCAGAAAGAGCAGCUAAAAUUGCUUUUAACUGGUAUUUGCUGUCUCCUGUUUUAAUUGCCUUUACAAAUUCUGGUAAAUCCUUCCUUCUUCUUCUUUUUGGUUUUUUAUUCCUUUCUCGAAUACAUAUAUGAUUAGCUUCAGGAAAAGAACAUCAAAAUGGUUUUGCUUUUCAUGUUGAUUAAAGAUUGAAGAUGAAGCUUCUUGGUCCCAUGGAAAUUUGUUGCUUUAUCAGUUUAUUUCUUUCAAAUGUAAAAACAGAAAAGCAUAAUAGAAAGGGUCUUGCUUAUUUUUUCUUCUCUUUA